AAACACUUUCUCAGCUGUACGCAUAAUCCUCUGGACUUUCAUGCUGAAUGUGUCAUUCAGUGUCAACAGUUGUUGCUGUUUGUUUUUUUUUCGACUAUAUUAAUUCAACUUGAUACUUUUAUUAAUAGUAAUUAUUAUUAUAAACAAUCAUGUGUGGAAUUUUUGCUUACUUGAACUACUUGACUCCGAAAUCAAGAGAAGAAAUUUUAAAACUUCUUGUUGGAGGAUUGAAGAGAUUGGAGUAUCGAGGAUAUGACUCUGCUGGUGUAGCAGUGGAUGAAUCCAAUGGACAUGAUAUUGCUGUUAUUAAAAAAACAGGAAAAGUUCAAUCUUUAGUAGAUGAAAUAUUUAGCCGUACAGAUCUUAAGUUUGAUGGCGUAGCUGAAAGUCAUGUUGGUAUUGCUCAUACUCGUUGGGCAACCCAUGGUGCUCCAUCAGAGCUUAAUUCUCACCCUCAGAGAUCAGACAUAGAUCAUGGUUUUCUUGUAGUGCACAAUGGUAUCGUGACUAAUUAUAAGGAAGUGAAGACUCUUCUUCAACAAAGAGGAUAUGUAUUUGAGAGUGAAACAGAUACGGAAGUAAUUGCUAAACUUAUUCAUCAUCUCUGGACUCAACAUCCAUCUUAUUCAUUUAGAGAACUUGUUGAACAAGUUAUUCAACAAUUGGAAGGUGCAUUCGCUUUGUGUUUCAAAAGUAAAUUUUUCCCCGGAGAAUGUGUGGCUACAAGAAGAGGAUCGCCUCUAUUAGUCGCGAUUAAGACAAAAACUCGCUUGAUUACAGACCAUGUUCCAAUUCUCUAUGGGAAAGAUGAUCUUCCACGCAUGACUAAAGAGGGUGAAGCAACAACACAAGAUCAUAGACCCCAUGGACGAAAUGCCGAUGUUCCAGUUAUCGCUCGUAGUGAUAGUACUGCUGAAUUUCAGCCAUCGGUUGAAAAAGAAGUUGAAUACUUUUUUGCCUCAGAUGCUAGUGCUGUUAUUGAGCAUACUGACCGUGUCAUAUUUCUCGAGGAUGACGAUGUUGCUGCCGUAAAAGAAGGUACAUUAAGUAUUCAUCGUUUACGUCGGUGUAUGGAUGAUCCUCAUGCUCGUGAAAUAACAACCCUUAAAAUGGAGAUUCAGCAAAUUAUGAAGGGAAACUAUGAAUACUUCAUGCAGAAAGAAAUUUUCGAACAACCAGAGUCUGUAGUUAAUACCAUGAGAGGUCGUUUGAAUUUCCAAAAUAACUCAGUUACUCUCGGAGGAAUUACUGAUUAUAUACCGGAAAUUAAGAGAUGUCGUCGUCUAAUGUUGAUCGGAUGCGGAACAAGUUACCACUCAGCUGUAGCAACGCGCCAGCUUCUGGAAGAGUUAACUGAAUUACCUGUAAUGGUUGAGCUGGCGUCAGACUUUUUAGAUAGAAACACUCCAGUUUUUCGUGACGACGUCUGUUUCUUUAUCUCGCAGUCUGGUGAAACAGCUGAUACACUUAUGGCAUUGCGAUACUGCAAAGGACGUGGUGCUUUAAUUGUCGGUAUAACAAAUACCGUUGGUAGUAGUAUUUCUCGAGAAUCUCAUUGUGGUGUUCACAUUAAUGCUGGUCCGGAAAUUGGUGUGGCUAGUACAAAAGCUUAUACAUCGCAAUUUAUUUCUCUUGUUAUGUUCGCACUUGUCAUGAGUGAAGACAGAAAUUCAUUAGGCCCCCGACGUAUGGAGAUUAUUGAAGGCUUAAAAAAUUUAGACAAUCAAAUCCGAGAGGUAUUGAAGCUUGAUAAUAAAGUUAAAGAAUUAGCUAAAUCAUUGUAUCAAUUCAAAUCCUUACUUAUUAUGGGCAGGGGCUACAACUUUGCAACAUGUAUGGAAGGAGCAUUGAAAGUCAAAGAAUUAACAUACAUGCACAGUGAAGGAAUCAUGGCUGGUGAAUUAAAACACGGACCUUUGGCUCUAGUAGAUGAUUCGAUGCCUAUUAUUAUGAUUGUAAUGAGGGAUCCAGUUUAUAAUAAAUGUAUGAAUGCAUUGCAACAAGUUACGGCACGAGAUGGUAAACCUAUUGUUAUUUGUCAUGAUGGAGAUGAAGACACCAAAUCACUGGCAUCACGAGUAUUGGAAAUACCAAAAACUGUUGAUUGUCUUCAAGGUAUACUCACUGUCAUUCCAAUGCAAUUAUUAUCAUUCCAUAUCGCAGUACUUAAAGGCUGUAAUGUUGAUUGUCCAAGAAAUCUCGCCAAAUCUGUCACCGUUGAAUAAUUUAAUCAGUAAAUUUAUCCGUGCAAUAAUUUAUGUUGAUGAAAAAUAUUUAUUUUUAUCACAUGAUAAAUAGAAUGAAUGAGAAUUCAAUGAUGUCAGUUAUAAUAUUUUUGAUAAGAUCAGGAAUAAAUUUGGUGAUCGAUUAAACAAGUGUUACAAUUUGUAUGCAACAGUGAACAUUUGUUGACUAAAAAUAUGACAGUGUCAUUAAAAUGAAUUUUCAAUUAUUCUCAAGAGAAAAGAUAACACCCAAAGUGUAUGAUUUCUGUGAGUGGUUAAAUAAUAAUAAGACGUUCAGAUAAAAAUUCUGACAUAAUGACAUCA